CUAUUUCAACUUUCUUCUUGUAAUUUUUUUUUUCGUAAUGAUCAUAUUUUGACUUUAUUCUCGUAACAUUAAAACUUUUUCCCCAACCAAAUUUUCCAAAAAUAACAACUUUGUUGUUCUGUUUUGUCUUUGACAAUAUUACGGCGUCUUUUUUUUGUUUGCUAUUUCAACUCUAUGUUACUAAAAUGUUAUUUCCCCUCAUAAUAUUACAACUUUAUUCUCGUCAAAUGAAGACUUUUUCCGUUAAUACUUCAACUUUGUUCUUGUAAAAUUAUUGCUGUUUUUUCUGUUUUAGCUGUUCGCUGUUUUUUUUUUAUAUUUUUCAACUUUAUGCCACUAAAAUGACAUUUUUCCUCAUAAUAUUGUGAAAUUAUGAUUUUCUUUUCUCAUUAGAUGACAACGUUUUGCCUUUAAUAUUUUAAUUGUAUUGGGGUUUUUUUUAGUUCUUUUGUUUAAUAAUAUUUUUAGAAUGUGCCGUGAGCCAAUAAAAAAAACGCACUUUGGACACCACUGAUCUAUGCAGUAUCCAUAGAGAUGCUGAGUUAUGAACUUUAGGACACAAGUCUGGUAUUUCUCAUCUCCUGUCUCAUGGGGAUAAAUCUCCCUCCCCAGAACACGGCCUGGUGUGGUGCUACUUUCGCCACUUUUAGGCAGACUUUCCAUCCGGAGCCGAUGCCAGAAACUGUUGCGACAGGUUAAUGACUCGAUCGGCAAGUUAACUGUAAUCUUCCGAUUGAACGUGAAUUUUUUUUGUUUGUUUCAUAUGAGUGUUCAUUUAAGCUACCUGUCAAACAAGACAAAGCGUAUCUCUUCCAUCUGCUCUUCAACUGUAUUUCACGUUGUUGUUAGUUCUUCUUCUGCUCUCCUCUUUGUUUAGCCAGGCCGUGUGAUCAGGGUUCCAUGGCAUGUCUCAGCAUGCAGCCCUUCCCCUACAGGAAUGCAGAGCAAAGAAAUGAAGCCAGGGAGACGGAGAAAGAGCACAAGACAGACUUAACACCGAGGCCUAAUAAGUAGGAGUGCCUAGGUUUGGUAAAAGAAUUGUUCACAAUCACACACAUCGUGUGGUGCUGCUUGGUGCACUGUUCAGUGCCUGGAGCGGAGGUGUGAGUGCUUUAUAUUGAAUAUACUGGACUAUUUUUGAAUUAGAAUCAUUUUAUCUCUUGAAAAUGUACUUUUUUUUUGUAUUCUUUUCUUGUUGUCAGGAGUCCAGGUCAUUGGGUUCAGUGGAGAAACUUGUUUCCUGGCCUUGUUGACCUUUGAUUCAGGCCCAUAGAGAAUCCAGGGACUCUAAAGACCUUCAGUGUUCACUGUUUUUUCUGGCUAAGACCUUACCUAAACACACUACACACACCCAGAAUGCAGCCCCAAGAGAUACCAUGGGGUGAGGGGAGCAUGCUCGGGCUACAUUUGCGAAGAUGAAUUUGAGAUUAUGUCUUGCGUGCUUUCAUUUUAGUAGGCUGUGCAUUGACUGUUAGCAUAUUUCUACUGUUUUAUUGCCUAGGCACCAAACAAUUUACUACCUCUCUGUGUUGGUUGUAUUGAGAGUUAGCACUAGCACAUGAUAACUACUCACUUUCGAUUAAACUUGGGUAUGUUCACACAACAAUGUUGUCAUAAACAAUGCUUGCAAAGAUGGUUGCAAAUGCUGCAAUGUGCAUAAAAGACCUGUAGUUGACAUUGUCACUUAAGUACAGAAACUCAAACAGGCUUUUCUUGGUGUAUAGUGUUCCCUCUCUACAUCGCGGUCCACCUUUCACAGAUUCGCUGUUUCACAGUUUUUAACACUGUAUGAAUGCGCAUUGUGUUCUGCAUUCUUGUGGUGUAUUCGAGUGAUCUACUGUAUCGGUGCUCUGUUGUAUGUGUCUGUUAUUGUAUGUACCAGUGCCACCAGUAGAAGGUGUUGUAUGUGUCUGUUAUUGUAUGUACCAGUGCUACCAGUAGAAGGUGUUGUAUAGUCGUGAGAGUUAAAGUCGUGCAGCUGGAGUAAAGGUGUCGUACCUGCACCUCGUCUGAGUAUGUGUUUAUGUGCAUGUACGAGCCACAACUGUGCUGAUUGGCUAAGGGAGAACCCGCGCAUUCUCUUCUGUGUCCUUAUUGGCUAAGGGAGAACCUGCCCAUACCAACAUCAGAACUCUAAAAAACGACUGGAAUUUUACAAGAAUAAAGUAAAGUAAAAGAGAAAAAGCCAAGAGAAAAAAGUUUUAUUCUAACGAGACAGUUGAUGAGAAUAACCUUGUAAUAUUAUGAAGAAAAAUAGCGUAAUUUUAGUAGUAUAGCAGUGACAUAUUAAAGACAAAAUAUGUUAUUGUUUUAAAAAUUGUAGUAUGUGGGUGAAAGCGUCUGUGCCUUUCCCUCGGUGGGGGAAAAAAUGUCAUACAUUUUGGAAAAUUAGGUUGGGGAAAAUGUUUUAAUAUUAAUGGACUAAAGUCAAAACAUUAUGGGAAUAAAGUCAAAACAGCAGACUUGGGGAAAAAACAGCUUUAAUUUUACAAGAUGAAAGUCAAAAUAACAGAGAAAAAAAAUUAUUCUGAAGGGAAAAAAGUUGCAAUUUUACAAGAAUGACCUUGUAAUAUUAUGAGGAAAAAUAACGUAAAUUUAGUAGCAUGGGGUUGAAAUCUUAAAGAAAAUUACGUUAUUAAAAAAAAAAAAAUUCAACAUGACAAACAAGAAAAAGGUUGGGGGAAAAGUCAUAUUUUUAAUAAAGUCAAAAUAUUAUGCGAAUAAAGUCAUAAAUUAGACAAGUUCUGAAGAUUAUUUCAGAAUAAACUUGAAAUAUUUGGAAAAUAAAAAUAAAAGAAGCAGCAAAAAUGGGGGGGAAAAAUGCAAAGAGCGAAGUUGAUACUAAUCAUACUGUAGGCCUUUCCACCUAGAUCACAGAGCUGAGAUGCAGUUUAUUUUCUUGGAAUAUACUGUAUAACUUCUCAGCAUGUCUGCAUGUGUUGCGUUACAAAAUAUCAAAGCGGCAAAGUUACAUGCUUUCAUUUUUCACUAUGUGUGGACGCCCCUGGUCUACAUGUUUGUUUUAUGCAAAUCAUCUGCUGGUCGCACUACCAUCCCGAAUAUACGCACUUUGUUGGAGAAGCCUUAUCAAAGUCAUUAUGUUGUGCAGUCCGAAGACCACUGCAGCGUUGUCGUCUGCCACACAGACCCACAGCUGACCAUUUUCAGCAUUUUGACAAUCAUGUUUCUCUUUCAAACUUCUAUGUGACAAAUGUGUGCUUUUACAAACUCCCAAAGACUGUUGUCGUGUAAAAGAAAUGACCAAAGCAAGAUUGUGUUUAGCCGUUCUAAGUUGGAAAGAGUUGCUGGCCCAUAAGUGAAAGGUGGGGGUGUUUGAGAGUUUGUAAUAUUGCACGGGUCUGUCAUUGUGAUUCGAAUUGUGAUUGGCUGGACAUAGUAGCCAUUUUUCUGGUGCUACGUCCAUCUGCAUCUGAUCCGGUUGUGACGCAUUAGCUCCUAUCGUGGAACCAGUGUGGAAUGUCCACUUUCAUACCCAACCUGUCGGGCCAGCCAGUCACCUAAGAAAGAAAACAAUGCAGAUUAGCUACAGACAAAAAAAAAGUGUCCUGCUCAUUUGAGUUUCUUUUCAUAUUUAUUUCAAUGGUUGCUCAUCUGCUUAGCUUUUUAGCUCUUUAAGUAUUAGCCGUCAAAGUCUUUCAGUCACGUCUCACUGGAUCAGGAAAACGUUUUUAACGGGAGUUUUUAACAUUCCACGGCAGCGUAUUCAUUUCAACACACGCCUCAGACCUGUGGUGUUCUGACGUCAACGCAGUAAUGAUUUGAAUUGCUCACAUUUCUUUUUCCACGGCUGCCUUUGUUUUGCUUGCGCUAUCUGUUUGGCUGAGCAGUUGCUGCUGCUGUUUUGCAUGCAGCACAGUCCUUUGUUCACAUCAGCAUUUGCAUAAACUGCUCUUUUAAAAAAAUAAAAAAUAAAAAAACAAAUAAAUAAAUAAAAAUCUCCCUGGACCCCCCCAAAGGGUGAUUGUCAUUUGUUGGCGAUUGUAAACCAGAUGCAGUAAAAGUAAAAUAGCUGAAAUGCUGUCAUGCUAACAGUGAGCAUCCUCAUUAGCGAAAGUGCCAUGUAUACAUUUGGAUUUUGACAUUAUUAAAAUAAGAAAAAAUCUAAUAUGCUAACAAUUACCAUACUAGCACCUAGCAAGAUUGCAAUAAGUACCAAAAGUGACAAAGUGGUUCUACAGUGUCCCUACAUUAUGGCAUGUACAGUAUGUGUUUACAUUUAGAAACAGGUAAAUUAGCUAAAAUUAUAACUGUUAGCAUGCUAGCGCCUAGCAAGAUAGCACUAAGUACCGAAAAUGCCAAGGUAGUUCUAUAAUGUCUCUACAUUAUGACAUUUAUAUAUUUGCAUUUAGACAUGGCUAAAUUAGCUAAAAUGCUAACAGUUGGCAUGCUAGCACCUGGCAAGAUAACACUUAUUCCCGGAAGGUCCAAGGCAGUUGAAGAGUGUCCCCCUGAAAAUGCCAAGGUAGUUCUAUAAUGUCUCUACAUUAUGACAUUUAUAUAUUUGCAUUUAGACAACAGUAAAUUAGCAAAAAUGCUAACAGUUAGCAUGUUAACACCUAGCAAGAUCGCACGAAGUGUCGAAAGUGCCAAGGCAGUUGUGUAGUGUCCCUACAUUAUGCCAUGUGUGUCUUUGCAUGUAGACAUGUGUAAAUUAGCUAAAAUGCUACCAUGUUAACAGUUAGCAUGCUAGCACCUAACAAGGUAGCAGCUGUGAGUGGGUGCUCUGCAUAGCAGGCAUGCCCAUAAUUAGCUAAAUUCAAAUACGAUUACUUCUGGCUUAAUGUUCUGAUGUAAGGCUCCAGUUUGUGUUUUUUUUUCAAUUUCUCUGCAACCAAUCACGCUGUUUUUGUCUUUUCCAGUUCAUUUAUUUGAGCUCCCAUGCUUUUUUCCAGUAUUUCAAGAUGCACGUCAGGGGCUGAGAGUACUGUUCUUACCUCAACACUACUACAUCUGCCAAUGCGUGUGAUGCCAUGUCUCGUCUAAGAAGGGAACUGUGAAACAUGGGCAGAGGCAUUAAAAAAAAAAAAAAAAAAAGGCCGUCUGACAAUGAAAUGUGGCCAUUACUUUCCAUCCACGUCAGAUGUUGCGUCAGACUUUGCUCAGGGGCUCAAUUUGUGGAGCUCAAUAGCACCAUUCAUGUCACCACUUUUAGCCUGCAGUCCACACAACCGGACACUGUACAGGUGUGGCUAUAUAUAUAUAUAAAUAUAUACUUGGAGUAAGAGGGGGGAAAUUGCACGAGAGACCACAGAUACUAACUUACACAAAAAAUUGACAAGGCAUCGGAGGAACGGAACUUGUUCACAGGCCCAGUCAUGCUGGAGCUCUGUUUUUUUUGUUUGUUUUUUCCAGGAAACACAUUUAGUUAGUUAAAGGACAUGUAAAAUGUCCAAAAACAUGCAUGUUAGGCUAACUGGAGACGCUAAAUCAGAGGUGUUCAAAGUGCGGCCCGGGGGCCAAUUAUGUCCCGCAGCUGUUUGCAAAAGAAUAAUAAUAAUAAAAUUAACCAGAACACUAAAAAAACAGCAAAAAUUGAAAAAUAAGUAAAUAUGCAAGAUGAAAAGUCGUGAUUUUAUGAGAAUAACUUCAUAAUAUGAGGAAAAAUAAUGUAAUUUAGUAGCAUAAUGUUGAAAUAUUACCAAAAAAAAAGAAAAUCAGUUUCUAAAUCUGCUCUAAAUUGGCCACAGGCGUGAACUUAAGUGUUGGUGUAUAUGUGCCGUGUGACUGACUGGCGACCAGUCCAGGGUGUACCCCGCCCCUCACUCAGUCAUAGGCUCCAGCUAGCAGGGUAAGUGGAAGAAAAUGAAUGUAAGUUCUAACAUUGUAUAAUACCUUAGUGACACUUCCAUGAAAAUCCACCAUCCACCUUUUCCUUGCUCUUACUGUUUUGCUCUCUCUGUAUUCUUUAUGGGCUAGACCAGGCGGGCUGAUGCUAUAUUUAGCACCAAGGGAAAAGUCAGUACCCUGCCCUGGUCUCCCCCAACCCCCACGCCCAUCCCCUCCCUUGCUCCUCACCACUGUUAUCACAGUAGGAGUCCAGGAUCACUGCAGCUCCACCCACCAAUAUGCCUCCCACCCUUCCCCAAUCUGGUAAGCAGGAAGGGAGCCAGUCAUGCAGGCUUGACGGUGCAGCGAGGCGCCUGUCAGUCCCACUGUCCCUUUGAUUCUUUCACAUAGUUUCAUUGGAUCACAUAGGGGUUUUUAAACACAAACAAGCGGUGCCUCAGAGGGUCCAACAGUAAUUAUUCUCGACUGGCAUGUCUGCAAACACACAAACACCUCAAAUUGCACCCUCACUUGCACACACAAGCAUCCAUCCUCAAGGUCUUUUUCAUCUUCCUCUCAACUUCUUGUACCACCCACAUACAUGGAAUGCACAUAGCUGGUGCGAUCCCAAAGAUUAGUGCGUCUUUGUGCCGGUCCACUUUUCCCUCACUCUUGCAGCUGUGCCGUCACACACAAGUUUUGUCUGAAAGGACGGCAGACAAAAAAAAAGGGUAAGUAGAUGGUGAGAAAAGUCAUUACAUUCAAGACAGUGAGGGAAUGCAUUUAAUGUAAAGAAGUCAUCAUAAAGAAGUGUGGGGGAUUGGGAGUGUGGGCAUUGAAGCAAUUUACAUUAUAUUAUUACAUUAUCGUACAUUAUAGCAAUCUAAUUUAUCUUAUUUAUUAUGUAUUGUGUAAAACUAAGACAUGAAUAACAUCACAUUAAAAGCACAAAAUGAAUGCCGACCCACCAUCCACCAGUUCAAGUUCAAGCCAAGGUUUUCCAGAGAGAUUAUUACAUCGCUGUGUGACGUGUGUGGUAAAAGCCAGUGCGCUAGCAUGAAUUAACUUGAGACAAAUGUGCACAUUAGCACUCAAUAAGUCAUCAAAACUUACCUUUAUGCGUACCCACAUAGUAUUAGCAUUUGACACCAAAUAUGAGGUGAAAGAAAAAUGGUAAAAAUACAGUAGUAGUCUAUCUGUGCAGCAUGAGAUAAAGUUAGCACACGCACAAUGGACUUGCGUCAAGUGAGACGGAUGUAACAGAGAGAAUCCGGCCACUUUUCAGAAUAAAACAUAAAAAAAAAAUGAAAUAAUAUAAAUUAUUUUUUCUUUCUGUGCGGCCCGGUACCAAAUGACCCACGGCCCGGGGAUUGGGGAUCACUGGUCUAAAUGACAGGUGUCAAACUCGAGGUCUGCGGGCCACAUCCAGUCUUUCACACCAUUUUAAGCGGCACAAGAAAGUCCACAUGUGCAAUGGACUCACUUAUUGAUCAACGUGUCAGUUGUUUACAUUUUGGCGGAAAUUUUGUACAGCAAUUUUGCUGUCUUUUGCACCAAAGUCGUAAAGUCGUUAUCCAGCAGGUUGUUAGCAAGCAUUUCAACAUAGUUGCACUGUUUCUUUAAAGUUGACAUGCUUUUGCUACCAGCCUGUUGCAGUGGGACCCAAGGUGAAGUUCACAAACGGGCAGAAUGUGACCGCACAGUCCCAGCAUGCGCCUUUAUUUAGAUCGAGUUCUGCAAGUGACACGGAGCACAUUGUGCAUUAGCAGCGAUGCUUUUAAACACGUUAUUUAUGUCCUCGCCCCCUGCAUUGCUUGUCUUACUAUGUUAUUUUAGGAGCUUAGCGGGACAUUCGCUAUUUGACUGGCACAUUGAAAAAAAUGUUUGUGCUUGUGCAAUCAGAACACUUGUUGCCCAAUACUCAAGUGUUUGUAUACCAGUUGAUGAGGUGAAAGCAAAACAACUGAGGUCAAAUCUACCUGGCAGCAGUGUUCAUGCACAGUGAUGUGUAUUACAUGCACAAUGACACAUUUUUAUUUGCUUGUCAUCCUCAUUUACUGAUUGACCACCUGUUGCUGCAUUGGAACCACACUCGACGGAGAUGCGUGAGCAACUUCCACGUGGGCAGGCGUUAACUUCACCACCGCCCGCCGAGCGAGUACUCGGCUGUUCUCUGAUUGGACGUAGCUCAUCCGAGGAGGCGGGGUUUGUCGAGAACCUUCUUCUAAGAAAGUUUUACUCUGAGUUCGCUGACUUUCAGCGGACACACAGACGUGGGAGAGCUAUCCUGUCCUGACUGAAUCUCCCUGGUAUGAGCAAUGGUCGGCGAUUAUUGCUCUUUCUCUGGGGAUAAGACGGACAUGCACUCCCAGAGAAACUCUAAAAACGGACUAAGUUGCAAAAUGGUGCUUCAAGCGGUCGGCAAAGUUCUCAGGAAGUCAAAGACAAAACCAAAUGGAAAGAAGCCUCCAGCAGAAGAGAAGAAGCAGUACCUGGAGCCAGAAUUCACAAAGAUCCGAGUGGUAGACUCUGACCUUAAGGAGCUGGUGGUGCUACCCAGAGAGAUAGACCUCAAUGAAUGGCUAGCCAGCAACACGACUACAUUCUUCAAUCUUAUCAACUUGCAGUACAGCACCAUCUCAGAGUUCUGCACUGGGGACAGCUGUCAAGCCAUGACGGCAUGCAACACAAUAUACUACUGGCAUGACGAGAAGGGGAAGAAGACAAAGUGCACUGCGCCACAAUAUGUUGACUUUGUAAUGAGUCUUUGUCAGAAACUGGUCACAGACGAGGAAAUCUUUCCUACAAAAUAUGGCAAAGAAUUUCCCAACUCCUUUGAGUCGUUGGUGAAGAAGAUCUGCCGGUACCUGUUCCACGUGCUGGCGCACCUCUACUGGGCGCACUUUAAAGAGACGGUGGCUCUGGACCUGCAGGGCCACUUGAACACUCUGUACGCACAUUUCAUUGUUUUCGUAAGGGAAUUCAACCUAGUCGAUCCCAAGGAGACGUGUAUCAUGGACGACCUGUCCGAAAUCCUGUGCACCCCCGCGCCGCCGCCCUCGGCCACGCCCGCCCCCUCCAACCUGGCCUCAGCCUCCCCUUCCUCACAAAACCACGUGACGGAGAGAUGAGCUGGGGGCGCCGCUGAGACGCCAGCACGGGAGUGAUAGAAGACAGAAGGAAAGAAGGGAAGACGGCCCGGCCGCCUUCCUUGGUGUGCCGGCAGGACUUUAGAGACCUUCCACUACACUCGUGUAUUUCGCUGCGAAACCUACCAACCAGUCAGAAGGAAAAGGGGGGAGGGGUUUGGGUUUUUUUGUGUGGGGGGGUGUUAGUUUGGGGUUUGUAACGCCAGCAGGAAUUGGCGUGAACGUUCCUCACGGGGUCAGUAUCCCUCCCAUUUUCUCUGCAACUUCAACUAGGAACAAAAAACGUUGGCUAUGUUUUAUUUGUUUGGUUUUAUUUCACUUUGACUUGUGUUGGUGAGUUCUUUUGGUUUCAUUUAGUUGUUUGGUUGGGUUGGCAGCGCGGCUACCGGCCCUCCCCCCCCAUCCCCAGCACACAUCCUGGACACGAGGGCGGGGCUUUGCUUCCA